AAGAUCUCAGGCAUACUGAGACAAGGAGGAGCCUCAGAAAAAGCAGGAUCUGUAGCAUCAGAGUUCAUUAUAACCAGGGUGUAGCAAGGGAAAUAGGAACCAGGGCUGAGGAAGAAAUGCAGUAACAAGCAACCAAAGCAGCAGAGAAAAAUGCUAUCCAAGUCAGAAGGGAUAUAAUACUGAAGGUAUCUUCCUACUGUCCACGAAGAAUGUCACGUCCAGCAAAUAGAAGACCAGAGAACCCCAAAAUCGACUGGCAUUUGCCCACCAUUUCAUCCUCUGCAUCAGCUCAUCACAUGAGCAGAGAACUUUUUGUGCUCACCUAUGGUGCUUUGGUAGCCCAACUGUGUAAGGAUUAUGAAAAGGAUGAAGAUGUGAACAAAUAUUUGGAGAGCAUGGGAUACAGCAUCGGCAUCAGAUUGAUUGAAGACUUCUUGGCUCGCUCUGCUGUGAAGAAGUGCCGCAGUUAUUCUGAAACUGCAGACAUAAUUGCGCAGGUUGCUUUUAAGAUGUAUCUGGGUGUCACCCCUACUGUGACUUGCAACAAUGCAAUGGGAAAUGAAUUUUCUCUCAUUCUGGGCAAGAAUCCCUUGGUAGAUUUUGUGGAGGAGCUACCAGCAAGUCGAUCAUCCCUUUGCUAUUGCAGCCUGUUGUCUGGGACCAUCAGAGGUGCUCUGGAAAUGAUACACCUAGCAGCUGAAGUGACUUUCCUUCAAGACACUCUGAAAGGGGAUGAAGUGACAGAAAUUCGAAUCACAUUCUUGAAGAAGGCUGAAACCAAGAAACACAAAAUAAAUAAGUGAAGCUGUUAUCUGAAGUAAUUACGUACAUAUGCUCAGCCAAGCCUUUGUAGCUGACUAGAAAGUGAAACUUUCCAAUCUAGGAAGGACCAUCUCCCCAGAACAAGGCUGAAAACAAACCUUUUUCAAGGCCAGGCCAUGUAUGUCUAGAAGCUUGUAGGAGGAGCGAGAAUUAGCAUACAUUUCCCCCAAGGGAAAGUGUAAUACUCCAAAUGGAUUACCAGGAGCUGGGUGUUGAAUAUCUAAGGAAUCUCUGCUCCCUCAAAAAUAUCUUUGCGUGCUGUGUCAUAUUUAUUUGGAGCUGUGCUCCAUCUGCUUCCAUGAGGUAAAAUUCAGUGCAAGGCUGUGAGGCACAAGGCUUUCUUAAGAGUGGCAUUUGUCCUGAGGAAUUCUUUGCCUGAGGGAUCUUUCUUAGUUUUUAGAAGGCUAGACAAGGAAGUUCUGUGAGAUGCAGCAGACAGGACUAAAUGCAACCACCGAAUCUCCUUUCUAUGGCCAUUACAGCUCCUUCCAGUCAUACCUGCCCCAAAUCAAUCUCAUGAGGUAGGCAAUAUAAAAGAAGAUAACCCAGCCCUAAAAUAAGUUCAAGAUGCUUUAAAAGCAAAACCAAACAAUGGCCCCUAAUACUUUCCCUCCUCAGAACCCGGACUGCAUCCAUGAUACCAUCCUGAAGACUUUGCCUCUUUACUCUGACUCUUGCGUUUCUUGGGCCACCAUUUAGACGUGGCCCACAUCUUUUGUCAGGAUUCUGAUGGAACUGGCUUCUUCUUGGACUAUCUCUGUUGAUAAAAGGAUUUGCCCAAUGUUAUUUUUAUUUUAUGCUUUUGACUUUAAGGUGUGUAUAACUUCUAUUUAAAGGGGUGGAAAGGGUGAAUAAGACACAUUUCAGAAAUACGUUAUCUGAACCAAAUUGUGCAUGGACUUAAGAAAUUAUAUGAGAAUGUAAAAUAUAUUUUUCUGUUUGAGGAUCACUAUUCUGUCAAAAGCAAAAUUAUGUAUCAAAUAAUUGCCCUCUUGGGGUAGCCUUCAUUUAUGAUAAGAAUUUUACUAAUGUCUUCCUUUGGCAUAACAUUCAGUGGGCAAAAGGAGGAUCAAGACUUAACCUGACAAAUGACUGUAGCUUUCGUUAUGCAACCUUAAC